AUGGCUGGAGAUAUCGCACGAAGCCGAAAGGAGAAUGGAAACCACCACAGCCAUGCCAAAGCUACGACGAGAGCAACCAUGGCUGUCGAGGUUGCGCCGAUUCUAGCAGUCGGCGCAAUGCUCUGUCUGAUAUUCGGAGGUUGUUGUUCCAAUGUUUACGCUCUAGAAGCAAUUAUCAACUUCGAGCCUCGUAGUGGCACUCUACUCACCUUUGUGCAAUUUUGCUUCGUCGCGAUAACGGGUUACAUUGCUCAACUUGAUAUGAGCAGGCCACCCUUCUUUUUGGCCCCUGCCAAAGUUCCGCUGCGGCGGUGGCUAAUUAACAUUGUACUUUUUUUUGGUAUCAAUGUGUUGAACAAUCAUGCAUUCAGCUAUGACAUUUCAGUUCCAGUUCAUAUUAUUCUUAGAUCAGGUGGUAGUAUCACCACAAUGAUUGCGGGCUAUCUGUACGGGAAGAGAUAUGCUCAAUUGCAGGCCAUUGCCGUUAUAUUCCUGAGUAUAGGUGUUGUUCUGGCUGCUUGGUCAGACGCCCAAGAGAAGGUUGUUCUACAACGAGACUCCGUUAGGCCAGCUUUCAACUCCGGGCUCGUAAUCCUGUUCAUCGCACAGAUCCUCUCUGCCAUCAUGGGCCUGUACACGGAGGCAACUUAUCGUCAAUAUGGGCCUCACUGGAGAGAGAACUUGUUCUAUUCACAUGUACUUUCACUACCUUUGUUUCUCCCAUUUGCUCCAUCGAUGAUGCGAAACUUCAAGAGUAUGAUGCACAGCAACAUGCUCACAGUCCCCAUACCCUGGUAUGACUCAACAACUACCGCACACAUACCAAGCCAGCUUGCAUAUCUCACCAUAAACGUACUAACUCAGUACGCCUGUAUCCGCGGUGUCAACCUGCUCGCUGCGAAAUCAUCGGCCCUUACUGUCACCAUUGUCCUCAAUAUUCGCAAACUGGAAGUGUCGAAAUCCUUCCCAAGGUCAAUUAUUCUGUGGUUUUUGACAGCGAUCUUCUGCUUCAUUAUUCCCCGCGUGCCGAACAGCUGGUUGUGCCUUGAUCCGUGGACAGAUUUCCGAACCGCCAAAUUUGAGUAUCUCCGGGUACCAAUGAAUAUGGACGACAACUCUCGCAAAUCUCGAAGCCAAACAGCUCGACAAGAGGAUAUUAUGCAAGAACAGGUAGACAUGGGAAACGGUGUAACCGUAGAAGCUAUGGAAAAUGACGAUAAUGGCUUAUCCUCUGUGCCAGCGGACGAACAAGAUGGAUUGCAAGACGGCAUGCUAUUGAGAGAUGUUCCAAAGCGCACAACUUUCUACGACCCAGUCGCAGAGCGACAAAUGUCACAAACGGAUGCCAAACUCUUCUAUCAGCGAAGCAAGAUUGAUGUUCGCACAGGAUCCACCAGUGCAGGUAUCUGGAGCCAAUCCAGCCCCAACACCAGUCCAACACUGGCGUCGGCAUCUCGACCUGUCACUGAAUAUGGAGCUGACUCUCUAAUUCUGGACCAGGAUGGAGCCGACGACAGCGAACCAAACGCGACAUCACGCGGUUUUGCGUACAGCCACGCUGCCCCUAGUAGCAAUACAAUGCCAAACCCCAAGAUUACCCAUGGUGACUCCAAUGAAGUCAAACUUACUACUGAGACGAGCAUGGGCGGAUUUCCAGGCAACUCCUUGUUCGAUACCGAACCACAUGUCACAGCCGAGUUAAGUGCCAUUUCGAAGAACAUUCAAAAGGUGCUAGAUGUAAGGCGAAAGUACAUCGCAUUGUCUUCCCAGGGACCAGAUGACAAUCCCAGAGAUCGGCGGAAUUGGGUUGUUUAUCCACCUCCGCCUGAACCAGCUUGGGCUCAAACACAAGGUGGCUAUGCCGACUUCCCUGACGGUCUGUCGGCAUCCCAGGCCGGACAAGGCGACCCCUCUACUACGUCCAACAAAAAAAGAAAACCAGGUCUAGAUGUUGGCGAGGACUUCAACAUGGAUGACUUGCUUCCUUUGCCCGAAGACGACGGUAUGGCCUUUAAACUUGAUGACAGCGGAGUUUAUCAGGUCUUCGACAGUGACGACGCCAACUCACCUGCUAUCCAAGUUCCAACCAUCAGGGAAUUUUACAUAGACUUGGACAGUAUUCUCACAGUUUCAUCAGAUGGACCAAGCAAGAGUUUUGCAUUUCGACGCUUACAAUAUCUCGAAGCCAAGUUUAAUUUGUACGCGCUUCUUAACGAGUACCAGGAAACUGCAGACAGCAAGAAGGUUCCACAUCGCGACUUUUAUAACGUCCGUAAAGUCGACACUCACGUUCACCACUCUGCAUGCAUGAAUCAGAAGCACCUAUUGCGAUUUAUAAAGAGCAAGAUGAAGAAGUAUCCGAACGAGGUUGUGCUCUUCCGAGAUGGCAAACAUUUAACUCUUGCGGAGGUAUUUGCCAGUAUCAACCUUACCGCCUACGAUCUAAGUAUUGACACACUCGAUAUGCAUGCUCACACCGAUUCAUUUCACCGAUUUGAUAAAUUCAAUCUCAAAUACAAUCCUAUUGGAGAGUCUCGCCUCAGAACAAUUUUCCUUAAGACGGAUAACUUUAUCCAUGGCCGAUACUUGGCAGAAAUAACCAAGGAGGUUAUAGCGGAUUUAGAAUCAAGCAAGUACCAGAUGGUGGAAUGGCGUAUAUCCAUCUAUGGCAAGUCCAUCGACGAGUGGGACAAAUUAGCCGCGUGGGUCGUGGAUAACAAACUCUUCUCGCACAACGUCCGGUGGCUCAUCCAGAUUCCUCGACUGUACGAUGUCUAUAAGGCCAGUGGCCUUAUGGACACGUUUGAACAGAUUGUCAAGAAUGUCUUCCAGCCACUAUUUGAAGUAACGAAGGACCCCUCCAGUCACCCCAAGCUACACAUCUUUCUACAGCGAGUCAUUGGUUUCGACAGCGUCGACGACGAGAGCAAAGUAGAACGCCGACUGUUCAAGAAGUUUCCCGUCCCACAGGUAUGGGACUCCAAACAAAACCCCCCCUACAGCUACUGGAUAUACUAUUUAUUCGCGAAUAUGGCCUCCCUCAAUUAUUGGCGUAAGAAACGUGGAUUCAAUACUCUCGUAAUGCGCCCACAUUGCGGCGAGGCUGGAGAUAGUGAACAUCUAGCAGUCGCACUUCUCUCAUGCCACAGCAUAAGCCACGGUCUAUUACUCCGUAAAGUUCCGCUGUUACAGUAUGCGUUUUAUUUGGAGCAAAUAGGCAUCGCCAUGUCACCUCUCAGUAAUAAUGCGCUAUUUUUGGCAUACGAGCGAAACCCUUUCCACCAGUACUUCAGGCGCGGUUUGAACGUUUCACUCUCAACGGACGACCCUUUGCAGUUUGCCUUCACCAAAGAGCCACUCAUAGAAGAGUAUGCAGUGGCUGCACAGAUUUACAAGCUUAGCUCUGUAGAUAUGUGUGAAUUAGCCAAGAACUCGGUUAAGCAAAGCGGAUAUGAAGCAUCUAUUAAACGUAUGUGGCUUGGGCCUAAUUUCGAAAAUCCUGGCAAGGAUGGAAAUAUGAUGGUCAAAACCAAUGUCCCAGAUCGCAGAGAAGAGUUCAGAAACCAUACAUUGCUGCAGGAGAGAGAUGUCUUGCGUCGAUAUGUUGCUUAUGAUAGCACCAAAGAACCGACCCCAGCGGUGGCUGCGGCCGACGUGACGACCUCUGUGACGGCACCAAAGGCUACCGAACCGAUGACCGAUCCAAACCUCGGGAGUGUUGACGAAAGUUCGCCUCGAGGAUCAGGCAGAAUUUCAAGUGUCGCUGGCAAGUCCUCCCUCAAUGGCGAGGUCUCGCAUGACUCCGGAGUAGUUCCAGAGGCUAUGGCAGACCUACACCUGUCUGGGAGUGACCCCAGAUUAUUCCCAGGCAUUUUUACGCGGGAUCAUCGUUCAGGGAGUCUACGAAAUCUGAACCAAGCCAGCGAGUGGACUGUGGAUUCUAGCGAGGCUCCUGGAGAUGACGACGAUGAUGAGCUCUAA